AUGCCCUCGCACGCCAAUCGCAUACAGCAGGAGCAGGAGCACUGCAUCAUGGUCUCCGCCCUCAAGCAUGUAAUCUCCGGCGGCAUCAAUGCCGGUGGUAGUGGACCCACUUCGCAGCAGCAGCAGCAGCAGCUAAUGGGAGCCGUCCAUUCUGCCACGUCGUCAGUCUCCUCGACGAGGGACGGGACCCAAUCAGCAACGGACCAAGUACACAUGCUGUCGUUUUCAGCAGAGGGCGAUACGUGUCGGGUGUGCGGGAUCGAGGGGUGUCUUGGGUGCAACUAUUUCCCGUCAACAACAUUGCCAGACAGAAGCAAGCAACUGAAUUUGGGGAGCGGGGCGAAUGCGGGGACGAGGAAGGGGAAGAACAAGUACAGGGGAGUGAGGCAGAGGCCGUGGGGGAAGUGGGCAGCGGAGAUUCGGGACCCGCGGCGGGCGGCGAGGGUUUGGCUGGGGACGUUCGAGACGGCGGAGGAAGCAGCCAGGGCUUACGACAAAGCUGCCAUUGAGUUCCGUGGGGACAAAGCAAAGCUCAAUUUCUCAUUAACCUCCUCCGAUCAGCAUAACAAUAUCACUAAUAGCAACAUCACUUCUAGUAGCAGAACUAGGACUAGCUCACAAUUAAUUAGGAGCAUGGAAGAGGCUGAUCAGGACAAAGUCAAUCCAAUUACCGUGAAACAAUCAGAGAAGAUGGAAAUAUAUGAGAGCAGUGCCCCGCAGGAAGAGAAUGACCAGUUUCUCAGGGACAUGCUUCAAGAUGGAGAUGAUGACGAUGAGUUGAAAGCAUGGACGUCAGCCAACUAA